CUGUUUUUCUUUAAUAAAUAGUAUAAAUUUUUGGCGUAAAACACAAUGCUGUUAAAUUGCACGCGUUUGACACACGGCUGCACAAGUCUACGCGUCUCAAAGAUACGACGCGCCGUGACAGCAGAAAACUUUAACAUACGUUUCGGUUCAGGAUCAGGUUCAUAUAACAGCCACUUACAGCGGUUACAGACACUUCUGCGACCAUUGAAUGAGCCACAGGCGUUGCAACUGCUGCGACACCACUGCACGGUUGCGCGCCGUUUACCGGCAACACAAAAACAGCAGCUUCUGGGUGCAAGGUGGAUGUGGGUAUCGCGCGUACAUUCAAGCAUACGGCGGGGCCUGGCACAGCACAGCAAGCGGGAGCCGAACGCACAUAAUGUUGAGAUAUCGCCCGUAAAAAUGCCAAAGUCGGAGUAUGCACGGUUGCUGAGCUUGGCCAAAUCGGAAAAGUACGUGCUACUAGCUGGAAUUGGCUGCCUAAUUGUAUCCUCGGCCAUUACCAUGUCCGUGCCCUUCGUUUUGGGAAAGGUUAUCGAUGUGGUGUUUAAUAAGUCGGGAUUGGAUAGCGCGGCUCUCGCGAGUCUGCGUGAAUACUCUUUUAUGCUCUUCUGGGUGUUCGUACUGGGCGGUGUUAUGAACUUUUCACGUGUCUAUCUCUUUAGCUCGGCAGCUCUGCGCAUGGUGCGGGAAUUGCGAUCUCGCGUUUAUCGCUCAAUGUUGAUGCAGGAGGUGGGCUGGUUCGAUACCAAGGGCUCUGGCGAACUGAUAAACCGUCUAAGCAAUGAUACCUUCAUGGUGGGCAGAUCGCUGAGUCAGAACGUGUCCGAUGGGUUGCGCUCAUUGGCAAUGAUUGGCGUUGGCACCGGCAUGAUGAUCUACACGUCGCCACAGCUGGCAUUGGUCAGUGCGUUGGUUGUGCCCGCUAUGGCGGGCAUUGCCAUUGUUUAUGGACGCGCAGUAAGGCGCAUCACGAGGUCAGAGCUAGACAAAUACGCAGAGAUAAUGAAGUACGCGGAGGAGCGAUUUGGCAAUGUGAAGACGGUCAAGACCUUUUGCCGUGAGCAGCAGGAGUGCGAAACAUUUGAUCGCAAGCUGGACGAGGCUCUUGAAAUUGGCUACAAAGAAGUGCGAGCGAAGUCCAUAUUUUUUGGCCUGACGGGCUUCUCGGGAAACUUCAUCAUCAUAUCAGUGUUAUAUUAUGGCGGUACUCUGGUGCUAGCCGAUGCGCUUACAAUUGGUGCACUGGCGUCGUUCAUGAUCUAUGCCGGCUACGUGUCCAUCUCAAUGAACGGCCUCUCCAAUUUCUACAGCGAGCUUAACAAGGGCGUGGGCGCAGGAAUGCGCAUUUGGGAGAUAUUGGACCGCAAGUAUACGAUACCCAUCGACCAGGGCCUGGUGCCUCAGAAGAAACCUAUCGGCGAGGUUGUUUUCCAAGCAGUGGACUUCAAUUUUCCCUCCCGACCGGACUCCAAGGUGCUUUCGGAGUUCUCCCUCACACUGCUACCGGGUCAAACGACGGCCGUAGUGGGACGAUCUGGUUCGGGUAAAACGACCAUAGCGUCUUUGCUGCUACGCCUUUAUGAUCCGCAGGGCGGUAGUGUGCUCCUCGAUGGCGUUGAUCUGCGCACCCUAAAUCCUCAAUGGCUGCGCAGCAAUGUCGGCGCAGUCACCCAGGAACCAGUGCUGUUCUCGGGCAGCAUACGCGAAAACAUUCUGUACGGCCUCAAUCAGGGCGAGCAAGUGAGUGAGGAGCUCUUGCAGCAGGUGGUGCGAGAGGCGCACGUAGACGAAUUCACUAGUCAUCUUCCCGAUGGUUUGGAAACGCUUGUCGGUCAACGUGGCAUGAUGUUGAGUGGAGGUCAAAAACAACGGGUAGCCAUCGCACGUGCCCUGAUCAAGAACCCUAUCAUUCUCAUACUGGACGAAGCGACGAGCGCCUUGGACUCCGUCUCUGAGGAGUUGGUGCAAAGAGCUCUGGACCAGCUGGUCCAAGGACGCACUGUACUGACCAUUGCACAUAGAUUAAGCACCAUACGGAAUGCAGACAAGAUUGCCGUGCUGGAGAACGGCCAGAUUGUCGAGCAGGGCAGCUACGAUGAGCUGAUGGGCAACAGAGAUGGCGCUUUUCGGGAGCUGGUCUCAAAACAGGCCUUUGGCGCAAAUAGGUCUUGAUAUACCUCAAUCCUAUGCUAAAUGCGGUGUUGGAUUUUAUUCAUUUAAGGCUAGUUGUGAUUAUUUAUAUUGUACUUGGAGCACCAGUACAGAAGGCAUCGUGUGUUUUAUGUGUUCAAAAAUCAAUAAAAUUGAUCAUGUUAAGAAUA